UCUGUUAUAGAAUGACAGAUGUGUGACCAGUCGACAUCUGAGCUGACUCUGCCUGCUCUGCUCAUCAACUGAGGUAGUGGUGAUGGCGACAGAUAGAGGUAUAGUGGAAGACUGGCUCUCCGAAUUCAAGGCAUUGUCUGAAACGCAGCUGUCUGGUUACGGUGGAGUCCUCGAUCAGAAGAAUACACUGGUGCCAGCCCUCUACAGCGUCAUCCAGGACCCUGACAGUGAGCUGCUGGAGCCGGUAUGCCAUCAGCUGUUUGAGCUGUACCGCAGCUCAGAGGACUGUCUGCGCCGCUUCACGCUGCAGUUCCUGCCCGAGCUGCUGUGGGUUUACCUGCGCAGAGACGGACACAGCAGUGGCUGCAUCGAGGCUCUUCUGCUGGGCAUUUACAACCUGGAAAUCGUGGAUAAAGAUGGAAACAGCAAGCUGUUAUCGUUCCUGAUCCCGUCUCUGUCCAAGCCAUCCAUAUAUCAUGAGCCGUCCAGUCUGGGCUCCAUGGCUUUGACUGAGGGCGCUCUCUGUCAGCACGACCUGAUCAGAGUGAUCUACAGCGGCCUGCACCCGCAGAGAGAGACCUUCACUGCCCAGAACAGGUUUGAGGUGCUGUGUUUCCUGAUGCUGUGCUAUAACUCGCUGGUGGUCUACAUGCCCCGCUCAUCACACCGGGCCGUCUGCAGGAUGAGCUCGCGGCUGUGCGUGAGCGGCUUUCCCCGGCAGCAGCUGAAGGCCUGGACCGCUCCCUGCAUGCGUGUGCUGCUGGAGCCCCAGUUCAUGGUGCAGAUGCUGGCUGCUGUCUAUCACGCCAUAUAUAAUGGCGAGUGGGAUGCUGGGAGAGAGGCUUUGGAUGACAUUCUGUACAGAGCUCAGCUGGAGCUGUUUUCAGAGCCGCUGCUGCUGGGCAAUGCGAUGAAGAGCUCUCUGCCCGGCAGUGCUCCGGAUGGAUCUCAGGGGAGGAAGGUCCUGCAGGUGGAGGUCACUCCCAGCAUCAGACGGAUCUCCCGCUGCACCAUCACAGCCGCAUCCAUCCGCAGACUGCGCUGGAAGAGAGAGGAUGUAGACGGGCUGAGCAGGGAGGAGGAGUCCUCCGGCCUGAACGAUGCGGAUGAGGGCUUCUCGUCCGGCGCGUCCAGCAGCAGCCAGCCCAGCGGUGUGCGCGGGAGGAAGAACCACCCGUCCGCUCGCAGGACCUCCAGCACCUCUCUGGACUGCAGGAGGGGGCUGGGCUCUGCCGCCGAGGCUCGCAGAUACUCCAUCCUCAGCCUGCAGGAGCAGCAUCUGCCGGAGGAGGUGGAGCUGCUUUCUCCUGGAAAACAGAGCCGGUCACCCAGCUUCAACAUGCAGCUUAUCUCACAGGUCUAGAACCGGCUGCCUCGUCCACGGCUUUCUACGUUCAGUUGGACUGUCACUUCUUGACAGAAGAAUUAUAGCCUGAAAGCGGGAACUCUCAUUACUUACUCAUGUCAUUUCAACCCUGUAUUUUUCUCUUGAAACAUAAAAGCAGUCGAAGCCAUGGUGGACGGUGAUUCAUACUGCCACUCAGUGAACACCGUACCAACUUCACACCAGUCAAUAUUAGUGUUACUUACCUUUCUACAGUCAGUUUGUAAAGGAACAAAUCUUUUCCCAUUUCACACAGCCCAGCGUGAUUCAUUUAACUCUUUUCAGCCAAGUUGCCAGCGUCCGCCAGCAAUUUUGAUCAUUGUCACAAAAUUCUCAUGGCCCCCAGAAUAUUUAGUUGCAUGAAUAUCUGAACGUGCAGAGUCUCUGCUUUUAACAAACAAACAAAAAGGUUUUAUUCUACUUACAUGCAUUGUUUUUUUUAUCUACACUCAAAUGUGGGUGUUUAAAAAAAAUAAAAAAAUAAAAAUUUGAUCAAAAGGCUGAGAAAAUGGCAUUUAGUCGGACUACAUCCAGAUCAGAUUCAGUACCGAGUUAACUUUAGGUGGUUUUGAUUGAUAUGCUGAUUGAUGAUGGUUGUAAAUGUUACACCACCCCCUACUGUAUAACAGUGAAAACACAGAAUGCUGGAACGUUUCAUCAAUGGUGGGGAAAGAGUUGAAAGCAAGACCUGUAAUGGCUGUAUUUCUCACACAGGGCUGCUGUCUGACUCUGAAUAGUGUGCUGGUCGUAUAGAAUGCUUUAAUGGUGCUCUCUGGAAAGGAAAGAGAGAAAGAAGGCAUACAGGACUGAAAUGACAUGAGAGUAAAUAAUGAUGGUUUCCAUUGUUGGCUGAACUAAUCUCUUAAACCCCGAAGUGACAGCUGGCCUGACAGCGAUCUAACCGUCUCCCUCUCAGGCCAAAUCUGAGCUGGACCGACAUGUGCGAAUCGAACAUUGUGAAUUUUCUGAUGACAGUCAGUCAGCAAUAAAUCAUCCCUAGUCCUCCAGAAGAUUUGAAUGCGUAACUGCAGCGUCUAAUGCGGCCCUCUGAUUUGGAUCAAAUUUCAUAUAAAUGUUAGUUUUUAUGGCAGUGUUUUAAAGGUUUUUAUGGUUAUGUUCUUAAGAUUAUUCUGACUGAAAUCAUCAGAAGCCCAAAUGACUCUGAACUUGGCAGACUCUCUGAGAAAGGGAAACUCAACAUAUAAAUUGAUAUAUUUAUGUGAUAUACUUGUGUGUGAAUAAUGUAAAAUACAAUUCUGUCAGAAGACAACAUGCUGUAGAUGUGGAGAGUAGUGCUGUAUUUUGCAGACGCUUUAAUCCAAAGCCAUCCUUGACAAGUGUCAGUGCUGCUGGUGGCUUAGAGGUCCAUGAAUGGGAUGAGCAGUUAUCUGCUGUCAGCCUCACACAGUCACAUCAGUGUCCGUAGAGCUGGCCUGCAGGUCAGGCUGUGCUGAGGCUGAGCUUUAGUAACAUGUGAACAGACAUGGUGAUUUUCCCAAGCCAAACUCAAUGUCAAUGAUCAGACAUGGCAUUAGUGAUUUUAUAGAUGGUCACAUAAGCCUGUAAUAUGAUUAAAGAACAGCAGUGUGUCAGUGUGUUUUGUCCAGCCUGAAUCGAAGGCUCUCAUACAGAUAUAGAUACACUCAAGAGAGAAGAACCUCUUGCAAAACAACAAACCACCCUAUGGAGAUCAACAGAAGCUGUCUUGUGCUGUUCUUCUGUGUUGUCAUGUGAAUUAUAUCUGCUGUAUUUAUUUGCUGACUAUCUCUGGUCAUAAUGGGACAUUAUAGUGUGUGUGUAUGUGUUCUGUCUAUGUGCUUGAGUAUUUCAGCACAAAAGUGGAUCUGUGUCCUGUAUUUCAGCGUUUCACAGCCCAAAGUCUGUUCCAGCCAUGAUAGUCAGGGAUGUUUUUCUCUGAUUUUGCUUUGUUUCUCUUUGCUUUUUUAAAUGCACACAGCUGUAAUGUGUCUGUCAUUCUGUCUCAUUUUGAUAUGUCUCCGCUGUGUAGAGUGGUUGUGUGCUGUGAUCAAAGCUCCAGCAGAGCUCCUGAACUGAACUGUCUCUGCUGAAAAAGGAAAUGUGAGAUUAUACUGUGAAUAAAAGUGGUUAGUCAUUUA